UUGUGCUCUCUGAUUGGACAAAGAAUCCAACGCCCAAAUCAGUUUUUCUUCCGGGUUGCGGCGAUGGCGUGUUACUGAGCAACAUAUAUCUAAGACAUCUGAAGCAGCAUCAAACAUGGCAUCAGUGGAUGAGGACUUUCCUCGUGGAGGAACAACAAAGAAAACUACUGAGAGUAAAAUAGUGGUGGACCGAACGGAAGUGGAUAACCUGUUUCAGUCAAAUGAACAAACAGAAACUAAGAAAAGAAAGGGGGGCACCAAAGAUGACAGCAAAAAACCCAAGACACAAAAGACAGAUGACAAAAAAAGAGGUGGCCUGACACUCAACGAAGCAGCUAAAUGUGUGGAAAUUCUGCAUGUCAAGAAUGUUAAAGAGGGGAUGCUGUUCCUGGGCUGUGUGAAAGACGUGGCGGAGUUUGAAGUGACUGUUAGCCUCCCCUGUGGUCUGCAAGGGUUCCUCAGCAUCAGAAACAUCUCUGACUCUUAUACCAAACUGCUCUGCGAGCAGCUGGCCUCAGAUGACACAGAGGAGAUCUGCUCUCUGGCGCGUCUUUUCUACCCCGGUAUGGUGCUCAGAUGUGCGGUUGCCAAGAUAGAUAUAACUAAGGGGGGAUCUCUUAGCAUCCAGCUGUCAGUCAAUCCAAAACUAGUCAACAAGAGUCUUACCUUGAGCUCUCUGAAAGCUGGAAUGGUCUUGAGUGGGUGUGUGGAGAGUGUAGAAGAUCAUGGCUGCAUCAUUGACAUUGGUGUUAGUGGAACCAAAGCUUUCCUUCCUGAGAAAGCCUUGACAGACAAGCAAACUAAACUGGAAGACCUGAAAGUGGGCCAGCUCGUGACUUCUCUAAUAGAGGAGGUGAAAAACAAUGGACGAGUGGUUCACCUUUCUGUAAACCCUUCCACCACUGCUCAGGCCUAUGCCGAAGCCAAGCAGGGCUGGAACCUCAUCAAUCUUCUGCCUGGUCUUCUGGUCAAAGCAACCAUCAAAAAGGUGACCAAACAUGGUCUGCUUCUGGACUUCCUGUCCUCCUUCACCGGCCAGGUGGACUUUCUCCACAUGGACCCUGAGCAGGCAUCCAGCUACACUGAAGGACUUGUGGUUCGAGCACGGGUGCUGUACAUGGAGCCGUCCACUCGUCUGGUGGGACUGAGUCUGCGCAGCUACCUCAUUCAGCCCGAUGCUGUGAUCGAAACAGGUCAUGCUAGUGGAGAUCGGGUUGGCGAGGUGGUGAAAGGGUGCAAGAUGACUGCUAUGCACCACAUGUCAGGAGCCCUGUUGCAACUUCCAGACAAGUCGUUGACCUUUGCACAUAGGAACCACCUAAAGGAGCCUAAUGAGCCAGCCAAUGAGAACAGAGUGUUUGCAAUGCCCGAGCACACCUGCAGGAUCCUGGACUUCAGCCCCAUAGAUCAAAUUUUUUUUGUUAGUUUACGAAAGAGUAUUAUUGAUAAACCUUUAUUCAGAUACCAUGAUGUCAAGGCUGGUCAGGUGGUCGAGGGCACCGUGUCAGUCCUGCUGAGUCAUGGGAUGGUGGUGCAUCUCUCAGACCAAAUUAAAGGUCUCGUACCUCGAACACACCUCUCUGACAUCAUCCUCAAGAACCCAGAGAAGAAGUACAUUGAAGGCAUGAAGGUUAAAUGUCGGGUGCUGUCAGUAGAUCCAGAGAAUAAAAAGUUGUACCUGACCAGAAAGAAGGCUCUGGUUGAGAGCUCUCUGCCGUUGUUCCUCAGCUAUGCUGACGCCCGUCCUGGCCGCAUAUCACACGGCUUCAUCGUGUGCCUCAGAGACUUUGGCUGCAUCAUCCGUUUCUACAACAAUGUCAAAGGUUUGGUGCCGCUCAGCGAGCUCAGCUCUGAGCCCAUCCUCAGACCAGAGGAUGCUUUCUAUGUGGGGCAGGUGUUAAAGGCUAAAGUUCUUCAGUGUGACCCAGAGAAGGAAAAGAUAGUGCUGUCAUUUAAGGCAGUGGUGGAGGGAGACACAGAGGAAGCUGCCAAGGUUGAUUGUGAGGUUGGGAAGAGGCUAGAGGCAAAGGUGGUGAAAAAGUUAGCCACUGGUUUGGAGGUGGCCAUCCUCCCCGAUGAUGUCUGUGCUGUGCUACCCACAAUGCACCUUUCCGAUCACAUGUCCAACUGCCCUUUGCUUUGGGAGAGUCUCCAGGAAGGAGACAUGAUCUCAAACCUUGUCUGCUUUAAUAAGAACAAGCGGAAUAUUAUUCUCACCAAGAAGCCAACAGUGAGAUGUUUACUGGAGGAAGGAGUGGUUGCAAAAGAUUUUUCUGAGAUCACUGUAGGAAUGCAGCUGAUUGGCUGGAUCAAGAACAUCAUGUCUUAUGGCGUCUUUGUAGAAUUCCCAUACGGCCUUGUUGGUCUUGCACCCAAAUCGGCUUUAUCUGACAAGUUUGUCAGCGAUACAGCGACCGCCUUCCAGCUUGGUCAGACGGUUUUUGCUAAAGUUACCAACCUGGAUGAGGAGAAGCAGCGAUUCCUGGUCACGCUGAAGAUAUCAGAGGUUAUAUCCCCAGAGGGGGACGUCCAGACCAGGCUCAUCAAUGGUCUGAAGGAGAGAAGAGCUGUGAAUGAAAUGUUGGCUAUGAAAGAUAGCAGUGGCGUUCGCCAGCAGCUGUCUGCUCUGUCUGUCGGUCAGAAGCUGAAGCUGAUGGUGGAUUCUGUGAAGGACAACCGUGCUGAGUUCAAGUCUGAUGGCUUGCUCGGUGCUACUAUCAUCGCCACUAAGCAUCACAUAACAGCCAUCAGCCUGACUGCAGGACAGAAAGUAACCGCAGUCGUCCUCCACGUUGACAUCCUGACUACUUGUGUCCACGUUUCUCUUCUUCCCAAACUGGUGGGAAUGAAGAAAGCUUUGACUGAGGGAUCGAAAUACACUGCAACGGUGCAGUACACAGAAAAAGACUUUACUGUCAUCUCACUGAAGGAUACAGCACAGCUUACUGUGAUCCAGACCUGCAGCCACCUGAAUGACAUUGUCCUCUUGGAGUCAGAGAAGCUGAAGGAGGGGAUGACUUUAGCAGUUCAAGUUGUGGAACCCAGCUGUGAAGAACUACAAGGGCUCCCCCUGGUGUCGUGGGAGCAAGGCGCGCCAAAACGCCAACGGAUGACCUCAGAAAACCAGACGGGCUCCAAGGGUCACUGCUUUGGUGAAAUCGUGCAGGGCAAAGUGCAGAGUGUGAAGCCCACCUGCAUUCAGGUAAAGCUGGAGGAUGCAAGCACGGGCAGUGUGCACGUGUCCGAGGUGGUGGAGGCGGACAAGGUGCUCCUGGGAUCCUUCCCCACAUCCUCGGUUAAAGUGGGCAGCGUGGUCACCGCCAGGGUCAUCGGAGGACGAGAGGCAUCCAGUCACAGAUUUCUGCCUUUCUCUCAUCCCAAAUUCACAUACAACAUUCCUGAGCUCACACUUAUACCCAGUAAACUGGAUAAAAAUGUUUACUUCAGACAAGCUACAGCAAAUGAAAAAAUGCAGGGCUAUAAGGUCGGGGAGGAAAUUACAUGCUUUGUAUCAAAGUUUCAUUCAGACAGGAAGUCUUUGGAAGUCACCACUGAUCCUUCAAUCACAGGGACCGUUGAGCUGCUUGCAACAAUCACUGAUCCUAAAGAUGCCAGCCACCCAGAGAAACUGUACAAGCUGGGCCAAGCAGUCCGUGCUAAAGUUGUAGAAGUGAGCGUCAAACCUCGUCGCUUUGUGCUCUCACUUACAGGUGUCCAUAAACUGGAGAAAGGCAGCACUACUGUAGGAGUUGUGAUUAAUAUUCAGCCCCAAAAUGGCCUCCUGGUUAAACUUCCUUUCGGUAAUGUGGGUACUGUCUCCAUCACUGACCUUGCUGAUGCCUACAGGCCAAACCCGUUAGUCUCAUACAACAAAGAUCAGUUCCUCAGGUGUUACCUUCUAGGUAAUGAAACAGGAAAGUGGCAGUUGUCUCUGCGUCCAUCAAGGCUGAACCCGCAACAAGCCAAGCCGGUGAAAGACCCCGAAGUGUUGUCUUUAGACAAACUGGAGGUGGGCCAGAUCAUCAGAGGCUACGUUAAGUCUGUAGGAGAGCAGGGGGUCUUCAUCAGGUUGUCGAGGAACAUCACUGGGCGAGCUCAACUUCAGCAGUCCACCAAGUACUUUGUUAACAACCACAAAGUCCUUUCUGAGCACCUGCCUCCCAACACUCUUCUCACCACCAAAAUCCUCAGUAUUGACAGAGAGAUGGAGUUUGUGGACCUCUCUCUGCUCCCUGUGGACACCGGGAAGCCAGACGUCCUUCCUGAAGCUCUCAGUCUGCGGCUGCGUCUCAUCGGAGAGGAGAAAAAGAAACAUGACAUGGAAAAGAGCAAGAAGCGCAUUCUUUCUACAAGCGAACAGCAAUCAGAGUCCCAGGUUCCAAAGAAGAAGAAGAAAAAGGAAACAAAGAAAGCAAAGAAUGAUGGCAAUGACAGCGGAGUGGAGGUGUACUUCAGAGAAGAAGAGAAUCGGGAAGAGGAAGAAAAACCACAUCCUGUAAAAGUGACUCCCAGCUCAGCAGGUCAAUCCAGACUGCAGGUGUCUGCGGGUUUCUCCUGGGACGUGGACCUGAGUUCCCUAAAGCCUGCAUCUGCAGCACAGGAGGACGACUCCAGUGAUGGAGAAGACCAAGAUAAAAACGCUAAGCCCCAGAAGAAGUCUCGCCACGAGCUGGAACAGGAGAAGAAGGCAGCAGAAAAAGCCCUGGUACAGCGGGAGGCUGAGCUGAUGGAUCCAAACUUGCGGCCCCAGGAUGCUGCCGCCUUCGAGCGCUUGCUCUUAGCCUCACCCAACAGCUCACUGCUCUGGCUCCAGUACAUGGCUCACCAUCUGCAGGCCACAGAGAUCGAGCAGGCCCGUGCUGUGGCUGAGAGGGCCCUUAAAACCAUCUCCUUCAGGGAGGAGCAGGAGAAGCUGAAUGUAUGGGUGGCCCUACUGAACCUGGAGAACAUGUACGGCACAGAUGAGAGUCUCAAAAAAGUUUUUGAGCGAGCAUUGCAGUUCUGUGAGCCCAUGCCUGUACACCAGCAGCUGGCUGACAUCUACGCCAAGUCCAACAAAAUCAAGGAGGCAGAGGGAGUGUAUAAGACGAUGGUGAAGCGUUUCCGGCAGAAUAAGGCGGUGUGGUUAAGCUAUGGGACCUUCCUGCUCCAGCAGGGUCAGGGCGAUGCUGCCAGCAUUCUCCUGCAGAGGGCGCUAAAGAGUCUCCCUCCUAAAGAAAGUGUGGAUGUCAUCGCCAAGUUUGCUCAGCUGGAGUUCCGUUACGGUGACGCCGACAGAGGUCGCAACAUGUUUGACAAAGUCCUGACGAGUUACCCGAAACGCACUGAUCUUUGGUCCGUUUUCAUUGAUCUCAUGGUAAAACACGGAUCACAGAAAGAAGUCAGGGCACUAUUCGAUCGAGUGAUCCACCUCAGCGUUUCUGUGAAAAAGAUUAAGUUCUUCUUUAAGCGUUACCUGGAGUAUGAGAAGAAGCAUGGCACGCCUCAGAGCAUCCAAGCAGUUAAAGAAAAAGCCAUGGAGUUUGUGGAAACUAAAGUCACUGAGGCUGCAAACUAAUGAGCAAAUAUGACAACUCAUAAUUCUUCCAAAAAAUGUAUGCUCAACAUCUUAACAUAUCUUUACAUUUUUAUCAUUAUUGUGGAAUGUUGAUCCUUAAACCUCUGUGUGAACCUGUAAUUCUGCAAAGCACAACAGACUUUUGUAAAAAAAUAAGUUGUAAUCAUCUAUAAAUGUUAAAAACAAGCUGGUAUUUUUAACAUUUCUUCAGCUUACAUUUUAACCAUUUUGUAUAAUAAAGAAGGUAAGCACAAAA